AUGACCAUCGAAGGCAAAUUCCUCAGCUCAAUUCUCAAGGCGUAUGAGUAUCUGAAGCGCCUGCGAAGGCCUUACACUGCGGAAAUGUUCCACAGUGUCGUCCGCGACGCGUUUCCGAGUGGUACACCGAGGGAGUUGAAGCUUGGGUUCAAACAGCUCUACCACCACGUGCUGUGUCGCGAAGGGGUUCUGGUCUUCAGAGAAAACCAUGGUAUAGACAUAUAUUAUCCGCGUUCGCCUGUUCGACGAGAGGACGACUCCCGUGCAGACUAUGGUGCGCCAUAA